AUGUCAAAUCAUUUAAUGCUGGAAAACCCUUUAAUAGUGUUUAUUACAGCUUUUAUUGUAAUAGCUGCAAUUACAAAAAGUGCACAAAUCCCAUUUUCUUCUUGGUUGCCAGCAGCUAUAGCUGCUCCAACUCCUGUUUCUUCUCUUGUGCAUUCUUCUACUUUAGUUACAGCAGGAGUUUAUCUUCUUAUUCGUUCAAGUGAAGGGUUUUCUCAAUCUUUAAUAAUGAUUUUACUUUAUGGUUCAUUAUUAACUAUAUUUAUAGCUGGGGCUGGGGCAAAUUUUGAGUUUGAUUUAAAAAAAAUUAUUGCCCUAUCAACUUUAAGUCAAUUAGGGAUGAUAAUUACUAUUUUAUGUGUUGGAAGAACUAAAUUAGCUGUUUUUCACUUACUAAUUCAUGCUCUAUUUAAGGCUCUUUUAUUUAUAUGUGCCGGAGCUAUUAUUCACAAUUUAGGUAAUCAUCAAGAUAUUCGAUUUAUGGGCGGUAUUUCUUAUUUUAUGCCGUUAACUUGUGUUUGUAUAAAUAUUUCUAAUAUAGCUUUAUGUGGUCUUCCAUUUUUAUCAGGAUUUUAUUCUAAGGAUUUAAUUGCCGAAUUUUUAUCUGUAAGAUACACAGGAAUUUUUGUUUAUUCUUUAUUUUUUAUUUCUGUUGGUUUAACUGUUUCCUAUUCAGUACGAUUAUCUUAUUAUUUAUUUUGAUCAGACUUAAAUUUACUUACUUUAAGUAGAUUGAGAGAUAAUAAUGGUAAGAUUAUAUUAAAAGGAAUAAUAGGGUUAGUCUUUUUUGUUAUUUUAAAGGGUAGAGUUCUUUCUUGGCUAUUAUUUGAAAGCCCCAGAUUUCUUGUUUUACCAUUUUUAAUGAAAUUAGGGACAGUUUUUAUGAUUCUAAUAGGAGCUUUUAUUGGGUACGAAGUAUCCCAGAUAAAAUAUUUUUAUACUUCUAAAUCUAUAAAAUAUAUUUUAAUGUCUCAUUUCUGAGCUAAUAUGUGAAAUUUACCCAUUUUAUCUACUUUUUCAGUUAACCCUUAUUUUUUAAGUAUAGGGAAAUUAUAUUUUAAAACUUUUGACUCAGGUUGGUUAGAGUACUACGGUAGAAAGCAUUUAUUUUCUAGGUUAAAAUCUUUAACUAAAAUUUCCCAAUUAUUUUCAAAAAAUCAUUUGAAAAUUCUCUUAUUUAUUUGUUUAGGUACUUUAGCCUUAGUAAUCCUAUUUUUCUA